GCUACACCAUCUAUAAAUACUGGCGUAUUUGCGCACGUAAAUAGCGUGCUUGGAAAAAUUUCUGUUUAUAUUCCUUAGAUUUGUUCUUAUUAUAUAUUUUUUGUUUGUCCUUUUCAUUGCCUUUGUUGUUGCAUAGAAUUAAAAAUGAGUCUAAAGAUCCAUAUUGACCGCGGUGGCACAUUCACCGAUGUAAUCGCUACUGUGACAGAUGAUUCGCGAGAGCCAAUUGUAAUAAAAUUACUCUCGGAAGACCCAAAUAAUUAUGAAGAUGCUUCCAUUGAAGCUGUACGACGUGUUUUGGAGAUUUACCAUGGUAAACAUAUUCCUAGGAAUGAAAAACUAGACACCAGUUGCAUUAGUCAUCUCCGUUGCGGUACUACGGUUGCUACGAAUGCCUUACUGGAACGUAAAGGAGAACGAUGUGCCUUCGUUACUACAAAAGGCUUCAAAGAUGGUCUUAUUAUUGGCAAUCAGUCCCGUCCCAACAUUUUUGAGUUGGCUAUUCGUAGACCUGAUGUCUUGUAUUCAAAGGUUAUAGAAGUCGAUGAACGAGUUACUUUAGAAGAUUUUGUUGAGGACCCUACCAGCUAUAAAACAAAUAUUGAUGGCUCUGACUCAUCUUUGGUGCUCGGCCGUUCUGGAGAGGCUGUACGCAUUUUAAAGAAAAUCGACGAAGAUGCGGUCCGAAAGGAUUUACAGGGUUUAAGGGAUGAAGGAUUUACCAGCGUUGCCAUUUGUUUGGCACACAGUUUUACUUUUCCUGAUCACGAGAUCGCUUUAGGCAAGCUCGCCAAAGAGCUUGGUUUCUCCAAUAUCAGUUUGUCUACAGAAUUGAUGCCUAUGAUUAAGUAUGUUCCUCGAGCCACAUCUGCCACUGCCGAUGCAUACCUGUCUCCCGUGGUCCGUCGUUACUUGUCUGGAUUUCAAUCAGGUUUCUUACACGGACUUAAAACCCAGGGACAUCCUAAAGGUGUUCGCUGUGAAUUCAUGCAGAGUGAUGGAGGCCUUGCCGAUGUUAACAAAUUUUCUGGUCUUCGAGCCAUAUUAUCCGGUCCUGCUGGUGGUGUCGUCGGAUUUGCUCUUACUUCUUAUGAUGAGAACACUAACAUCCCGGUCAUCGGAUUUGACAUGGGUGGUACUUCAACGGAUGUAUCUCGUUACGGUGGUGCAUAUGAACAUGUCUUUGAGACUACUACUGCGGGCGUUACUAUUCAAUCUCCUCAGCUGGAUAUCAAUACUGUUGCUGCCGGUGGUGGCUCUAGAUUGUUUUGGAAACACGGGUUAUUUGUAGUUGGCCCAGAGAGUGCUGGCGCACAUCCUGGUCCUGUUUGUUAUAGAAAGGGCGGCUAUUUGACUGUUACGGAUGCUAAUCUACUUUUAGGUAGGCUUCUUCCUGAAUCUUUCCCCAAAAUUUUUGGUCCUACUGAAGAUCAACCUCUUGAUGUGGAGGCUACUCACAAAAAAUUUCAAGAAUUAACCGACGAAAUUAAUUCUAGUAUUUCAGAAUCUCAAAAAAUGAGCGUGGAUGAAGUUGCUUAUGGUUUUAUCAAAAUAGCUAACGAAACCAUGGCUCGCCCCAUCCGUUCAUUAACUGAGGCUAAAGGACAUGAUAUUUCUGUUCAUCGCUUGACCUCCUUUGGAGGUGCUGGUGGUCAGCAUUGUGUUGCUAUUGCUCAGUCCCUAGGUAUUUCUCAAGUUCUCGUGCACAAAUACAGCUCUAUUCUUUCAGCAUAUGGAAUGUCUUUAGCCGAUGUUGUGUCUGAGGCUCAAGAACCGGCUUCCUUCUUACUUACUUCCGAUAUAAUUCCAGAAAUUCAGGAGCGUUUCAAAAGAAUUAUUGAGAAUGCACGGAAGAGCCUGAACGAGCAAGGAUUUGCUGAUGAAAAAAUCUCCUAUGAACUUUUUUUGAAUCUUCGUUACCAAGGAACAGACAGCCCGUUAAUGAUUACCAAACCUGCCGAAUCUUGGAAUUUCAAGCAAGCUUUUCUAGAAAGGCACAAGCAAGAGUUUGGAUUUCUUUUCGAUAAAGAGAUCAUCAUCGACGAUAUUCGCGUUCGUGCUUCUGGUAAAAGUUUUGAACACAAGGAACCCAGCGUUGAUGCUCAAUUAAAAGAGUUAAAAUUCACACCAGUUUCAAAAUCACUAUCAUCUACUUCUAAAAAGGUUUUCUUUGAUUCAAAGCGUAUGGAUUGCCCUAUCUACUUAUUGGAAAACUUGCCUACUGGGGUUGAAAUUGCCGGACCUGCGAUUAUCGUAGACAAAACGCAAACCAUAGUAAUUCCUCCAGGGUCCGUAGCUCGAAUCCUUCAUUCUCAUGUACUAAUUGACAUUUUAUCGAAGGAAGGAGUUUCUGAUGAUUCUCUUGCUAAGGCGGAAGCUAUCGAUCCUGUUUAUCUUUCCGUUUUAGGUUCACGAUUCAUGGCUGUCGCUGAGCAAAUGGGUCGUGCUCUUCAAAAAACAAGUGUUUCGACUAACGUGAAAGAAAGACUUGAUUACUCUUGUGCUUUAUUCGAUGCCAACGGAGAUUUGGUCGCAAAUGCACCACAUAUGCCUGUUCAUUUAGGUUCUAUGUCCACUUGCGUGCGUAAGCAGGCAAUGUUGAACAAAGGAAACUUGAAUCCAGGUGAUGUUUUGGUAACUAAUCAUCCCAGCUUUGGUGGAACUCAUUUGCCAGAUAUUACUACCAUUACCCCUUAUUUCGAAGAUGGAGAAAUUAUCUUCUACGUUGCAUCUCGAGCUCAUCAUGCUGACAUUGGUGGUAUAUUGCCUGGUAGUAUGCCUUCCACCAGUAAAGAACUUUCAGAAGAAGGAGCUAGUAUUAAGAGCGAAAAAUUACUUAUUGAUGGUGUUUUCCAGGAAGAAAAAAUGAUUGAUCUGCUUUAUAGUGAGCCAGGAAAGGUAGAAGGCGGAUCUGGUACACGAUGCCUACGUGAUAAUUUAAAUGAUUUGAAAGCCCAAGUAGCUUCAAAUCAAAAAGGUAUUAAUCUCAUCACUACUCUUAUUAAAGAGUAUGGUAAAAAUUCUGUCUUACGUUACAUGAAGGCUAUUCAGGACAAUGCUGAAAGUUCUGUGCGUAAGCUCUUACUUAAAGUGCGGGAGACAUUUGAAGAGCAAGAUCUUUACGCUGAAGACUUUAUGGAUGAUGGUUCUCGAAUUUCUUUACGGAUUACGAUAGACGGUAAAACAGGUGAUGCUAUCUUUGAUUUUGAUGGCACUACAGAAGAGGUUUAUGGCAAUACCAAUGCUCCUGAAGCAGUAACUUACAGUGCUAUAAUCUAUUGUUUAAGAGUUUUAGUAUCUGAGAAUAUUCCCUUAAACCAAGGUUGCUUGUUACCUAUUAAGGUCAAAAUUCCUGACAAUUGUUUCCUUAAGCCUUCUGAAACCGCAGCCGUUGUUGGUGGUAAUGUUCUUACUUCUCAAAGGAUCACAGAUACAAUUCUGAAAGCUUUCCAAGCCUGUGCUGCUAGUCAAGGAGAUACAAAUAACUUGACAUUCGGUAUGGGGGGAAGAAACCAUGAGACUGGAGAAGUUGUUCCGGGAUUUGGAUAUUAUGAAACCAUAUGUGGUGGCUCAGGUGCAUGUGAUGGUAUGGAUGGUACUUCUGGUGUUCACACCCAUAUGACCAAUACUCGAAUUACUGAUUUAGAAGUCUUUGAGCGCCGUUAUCCUGUCAUUCUUAAAGAAUUUAGUAUCCGUAAAAAUUCUGGAGGUGCAGGGAAAUACAAAGGAGGAGAUGGUGUUGUCCGAGAUAUUGAGUUCCGCAUUCCAGUCACGUUGUCAAUUUUGUCUGAGCGACGAGCAUAUCAUCCUUAUGGCAUGAAAGGCGGUGAAGAUGCGAAAUGCGGGAAGAAUAUCUGGGUAAAGUACUGGAUAGAUGAAGAAGGCAAACGAAAAGUCCGGAGAAUUAACUUGGGUGGAAGGAACACAUGCCACAUAGCUGCUGGUGAUCAUAUUGAAAUCCAUACACCUGGCGGUGGAGGAUAUGGAUUGGCGAGCGAAAGGAUCGAGAACAAGGAAUCGAAAUUUGUGGAUAAUUCUGCUUUUCGGGCGAACGGAAGUUUGUCCCAACGACACUAUAUACAGCACACAAAUUAACGCUUAAUAGCAGACUCAGCAUGAAAACAAAAAGAGGAUAUGAGAGAUGGAUUUUUCUGUCGAUGUACUACAAUUGAAUUUAAUGAUAUUAAAAAUAAGGCUAAUAAUGACUAUCAUGAUUUUACGAGAGAAUAAAAUGUUUUGGAAAACUAAUAGCACAUUGUAUUGUAAAUUAUGGAUGAUUCAUGUUUA